AUGGCAACAUCAUCAUCGAUAACAACAAUCUCUCAGCUGUCUUGUUUCUCUUCAAUCAACCGCAGACUACACCGUCUACACCGUCGAUCCAUUCUAUCUCUGCCACAGUCUCCGCGCUACAAGUCAUGGAUUUUUAUGAGUAUUAAAGGACAUAAUAAUGGAUCACACACUUCAACUUCAAAUAUCAAAACAAGUAGUACUAAUCAUAACUCUACAGCUCCCGAUGAAGAUAAGGGAAUCACUGAUCCAGUAAAGCGAGUAUAUGGGUCUGCGAAAAUUCAUGACUUUUGUUUUGGGAUUCCUUAUGGUGGGAUUGUUUUAAGUGGGGGGCUUCUUGGUUUUGUCUUCUCUAGAAAUGCUGUGACUUUAGGUACUGGCGUGUUGUAUGGAGGUGCUUUGCUAGCUCUCAGUACCUUUAGUUUAAAGAUUUGGAGGCAAGGGAAAUCAAGCUUUCCAUUUGUACUUGGACAAGCUGUACUCGCAGCAGCCCUUUGCUGGAACAACUUUCGGGCUUACUCACUGACAAAGAAGCUAGUUCCAACAGGAGUUUUUGCUGUCAUUAGUGCUGCAAUGCUGUGUUUCUAUUCAUAUGUAAUGAUAUCUGGAGGAAACCCACCACCGAAGAAGUUGCGGUCAUCUGCUAUUGUCAUAACAGUUGACACUCCAGUCGAUUGCUUGGUUAAUAUUAUCUUUUCUAUUGAUGCCAUUUCAUGGGGUGCUGAUACGUGA